UGCCUUAGUCCUUAAGUCUCGCAUAAAAAGAAGUCCUAAUCUAUUAAAAUUCUUCUACAUAUAAAACAGAGCCGGGCGGUCUGUUAGAGACAGAAUGCUGAGAAGAAGUCUGUCAUCGUUUGUCUUGGUAAUAUCGGUGUUGAUCUCCUCGUCCGUAGCUAUGGCAGAAGUCUCUGGAGAUGGAGAUUCAUCGUCGUCUGCGGCCGUCCACAUCAUUUACACUGAGAAACCCCUCAACGAAGAACCCGAAGCCUUCCACCUUCGUACACUCUCUUCCGUUCUCGGCAGCGAGGAGGCUGCCAAGAAGGCUCUCAUAUACAGUUACAAGAACGCCGCUAGUGGAUUCUCCGCCAAGCUGACACCCGAGCAGGUUUCGCAAAUCUCAAGUGAGUGUCUUGUGUUGCUACUGCUUAUGGAAUUGUUCAAUUCGGCUGGAUUCUUGAAUGAUUUAGGGCUUUUUUUGUUCAUUUCUGAUGAUUUUUUUUUUGAAUAAUUUGGGGCUUGUUUUUAAUUCUUGGCGAAUUGAUGAAAUUCAUUCAUAUAUUGUGUUAAUUUUGAAAAUAUUUAGCAAUCCAAAAGCAUAGAUACACAUGUUCCUACCUGUUUUUCAGAAUUUUUUUUUGGGGAAAAACUUUCCUUUAUGAGAUACUGUUCAAUGAAGUUGGACAAAUCCGAGGCCAUGAUUUCUGAUAAAAUUAACUGAUAAAAAUUCUCAUUAUGAUAAGAAUUUUUCAGGUUGAGUGAGAUUUGGUGGUUUGGACUGGUGUUUGGCUUGAAUUCUGAAAACAUGUUACUGCAUUUUCCAAAACUUUGAAAAUGGAAGGGCCUAAAAUUUUCAGAAUUUUGUCUCUGUUGUUUCCUUUUUCUUAUAAACAAAAAAUAGAAAUGAAAUUGCAUAGAAUCUGAAAUUCCAAUCCAUCCUUUCUCCCUUUUGUACUAUGGUGCAUGAUCCUUAUUUCUCAUACUUAUGUUGUCCCCUCUUCCUCUCUCUUUUGUCUUUUACAAAGUUUGUUCUCAUCAGAUCAUGAAAACAACCCCCUCCCCAAGGAAAUAAUUCAUACCAGAAUUCCUCAGCCUUCUUAAAUUCAGUUUUUAUAGUAUUAGUUUGGUUGGUAGUUUAAAUUUCCUUGGAUGAUUCAAAAAAAAAAAAAAAUUCUUUGGUUUACCAUCUUAUACUGAUAUGCAUGAUUCUGCCUUGGUUAUGCAUAUAUUAUGAAAGGGUUCUUGAGGUGAAAUCCUCAUCAGGAAGGACUUUGCUUCUUGGAAAAUGAAGGAAUUUGUAAUGCUUGUAUUUUCAAAUUUCAAUUCUACCCACAUUUGCAGGAGAAUUGUUCCUUGGAAUCUAUGUUCUUUUACUAAUUGCUGGUUGUUUGGGGUUGGAACAAUUUUUUCUUGUAAAUCCCUGCUAGUAGAAGUAAUGAGAUAUUUCUAUUUGAAUUUUUUUCUAUCAGUAUCAACUAUUGCAUUUUAAGGAGCUAUUAACCCUAUAAGGUACACCUAUUUGUUGGUUGAAUUAAAGGGAUUGUGCAUAUAGCUUUUCUGAUAAUUGAAUUCCAACGCCUAAAACAUAUACGAGUUCGGUAAUUUGCCCUUUUAUUGCUGACAGUGCUUUUGCAGGACAAUAUUCCUUUUUAUCAAUUCCUCUUUUCUAAAUGCUAACCCUUGUACCAGAAUCCAGAUGCAUAGGUCAAAUUUGGAAACUCUUCCUUGAAACAGUUUUCUAUUUUAGAAGAUAAAAUAGUUUUCCAACUCAUAAAAUUGAUAUGCUUUUGACAGAAAACAAAAUUUUGAGGAUUUGUUUUAAAAAUAGGUUGUUUUUUUUUAUGAUUUUAGGUGUUUUGAGGUAUUUUUGUGGAAUGUUUUGAGCAAUAAUUGAAAAAUAUGGGAAGUACUUUGAAAAUUUUUGCAUUGCACUUAAGUGUAUAGGACUUUGAUAGAGAAUAAAUCAAAAACUAUUUUUCAUUGUUGAGUUUUUAAAUAGAAAUUUGUUCCUGAAAAUAAUUUAGAUUUGUUUUCAAGAACUGAUCUUAAAAACUAUUUUUUCAAAACAGUUUUUGAAAACGCUCAUAAAUAGGCCCAUAAUCUGUGCUAUGACAUUUCCAAAGAAAAGAGAACCAUAGUGGUGUCAUGCAAUUACAAAUUGGCAGGAAGCCCUCUAACUUAAUUUUCUGCCAAAUAUCAUUCAAGCCUGAACUCAACGCCCUAGGACUUGUGUGUCCGGCCCAUCAGUUGAAGUGAUAUCUGAUUCAAAAAGAGCAUGCUUUUUAAACAAAAUGGUUGUACAGUUUAUUUUGACGUGCAUGAUCUUACCUAAUAAACGAGCCUUAGGCGUAUCUCAAGCGGUAAGGAAUGGGGUGGGGACGUGGGUGUUUACAGGUUGAAGUACCAGACAGACCCCAUUGCUGUGAAUGAUGAAGUGUUGUUUCGAUCCUUGCCAGUAUAUUGUUGUAACUGUUGAAGCUUGAUUCUAAAUCAUCUGUUAACAUUUUUCGGGGAUCUCAUCCACAUUAUAUUACCUGGGACUGUUUUACAUAUUUUGAUUGCAAUAAUUCUUCUAUCUCAUCCACUAAUGAUUCUUCUAUUAUGGCAGCACUACCUGGUGUUCUUCAGGUUGUUCCAAGCAGGACUCUCCAGCUGCAUUCAGGACCUGGAAUGCUCCAUUCAGGACCUGGAAUCCACAAGAAGAUGUAAAACACUCUCGUUUCGACCAAAAUAACGAUCUUAUGUUUUAGAUCUAUCUAUUCCCUUGUAUAAAUCAGGUGAUCUAUGAGGCUCUUGGAUAUCAUGCACUCCAACUUAAUAAUGUUUUGGAUCUAUGUACCUGUUCCAGUACGAAGUUACUUAUGUUACAGUAAUCAAUGGCUUCAGUAUCAUGGGUGUGCUGUGAAUUUGGGUUGUUUUAAUGUAAGGAUUUGCAGAAUUUGGAUGGAGAUUGAGACCUGAAUUAAACCCUAAUUAAAUAAUAAUAAUAAUUUGGUCCUGCUUGGUGAA